AUGUGUGCUAUAGGAACGCCAAUUCAAGAGUCGCUAUCAGACCGUACUGUUAAAUACCUACUCGAUUCGUGGCUUAAUGACCGUCAUUUGUGCCUAGAAAGUGAAACCCUGCUACAGUGCAGGAAGUUCACCAACAUGGCUUGCGCAGACACGAGCCGGUUUGGUUGCGCGAUGUAUAGCAACACCAGCAGCCGCACUGCUACUGCGACCAAAAACAUAAUCACCUGCUUCUACAGGCCCAGAUGCACACCCAGCUACAACCCUUUCAAAGAAGGGUUGCAAUGUACCAGCUGUCCCGAAGAUGCUAAAGCCUGCGAAGGAUUUUUAUGCUCUGUUCCUGAUGGAGUUUGCCCAACUGAUUGUCGUGACCUCUUUGAGUUCAACUGCACCUCAUGUAGACGAAAAAAUAGAGAAGUAACAACGGCCCCCAAUGGUGUUACAGAUCGUGCCGGGCCUAGUACAGUCAAACCUAAUCCUGACAACAAUGACUCCGGUGAUCCAGCGACCGACAAGAAAUCAACUGCAGGCAUUUACAAUAAAGUGCAUUUGUUUGUAGCUAUGAUCUUCCAGUUUGCCACCUUCAUACUUUUUCUAAGUUUUUAG